AUGGGCCGCAUAACGAGCGCAGUGCAAUAUGCUCUCACGCAUCCGAUCCUUUUCAUCUAUCAGAUCCUUCAAUACAUCCUCGACAUCCUUCUCUCGCCCACACCUCCCCCACCUCAUGCAAAGCUAUCACGUCCCAAAAUCGCCAUCAUCGGCGCUGGCCUGACUGGCGUGUCCUCCGCCUCGCACUGCGUAGGCCAUGGCUUCGAUUGCCGCAUUUUUGAAGCGGGUUCCAAGUCUAGUGUUGGUGGGAUUUGGAGCAAGGUCAACAACACAUCUGGACUACAGAUUCACUCGAUCAUGUACCGCUUCCACCCGAGCGUGCACUGGAAGAAGGGAUAUCCAGACCGCAAGCAGAUUGUGAGCCAGAUCACCGAGUUGUGGAAGAAAUAUGGACUAGAAGAGAAGACGCACUUCGACACCAAAGUGGAGAGAGUGUACAAAGACGACCAAGGACGCUGGAUCAUCAACGACCCAUCAUAUGGUCACUUCGAUGGUGUGAUUGCUGCGAUCGGAACGUGUGGCGAUCCCAAGAUGCCGACAUUGCCAGGCCAGGAGCACUUCAAAGGCGAUAUCUGGCACAGCUCGCAGCUGGACGGAAAGUCUGCCAAGGGCAAGAAGGUCGUCAUCAUUGGUGGUGGAGCUUCCGCGGUCGAAGCUCUCGAAUUUGUUGCCGCCUCAGAAGCAAAGCACACCACCGUCCUUGCGCGGUCUGAGAAAUGGAUCAUCCCCCGCAACCCCCUCGUUGAUGCCCUGCUCGCUCUCAACGUCUUCGGAUCUGAAACGAUUUUCUCUUGGAUCCCAGAAGGCAUCCUGCGCCACCUCUUCUACCGCGACCUCUACGACCUCUCCCCGCCCCGCGACAGCGGCAAAGGCAUCUUCACCGAAACGCCCAUGGUAAAUAGCCAGAUUUUCGACCUCAUCCGCGACGAUAAAGCCAGCUGGCUACGCGGCGACACAAACGGUUAUUCAUCCUCAGGCACCGGCAUAUCCUUCACACAGCGCUCGCGCGGCGUCCCCAAGAACGGGCCCGGCAGCGAAAAGCUGAUCGACGCAGACAUUGUCAUCAUGGCGACCGGGUACAAACGCCCUUCGCUCGGCUUCCUGCCAGACGAAGUGUUCAGCGAACCGUAUGACCCACCAAAUUGGUACCUGCAAGUCUUCCCGCCCGGACACCCGUCCAUCUGCGCGAACAACUGCACAUACGUCAACGCCAUCGGCACUGUCGGAAACUACCACAUCGGCAUUUACACGCGCUUCCUGCUCAUGUACCUCGUCGACCCUCUUGCACGGCCCAGGACGUGGUGGAUGAAGCGCUGGAUCGACGUGACACGAUUCAUCAAGAGUAAAGCGCCAGGCGGUGCGUUCGAAUUCUUCACGUACAGCGAGCUGAUCUACUGGUUUCUGUUCACAAUUGUAAUCAACCCUUUCCGCUGGAAGUGGGCGGCAUUUGUGCUGUUUGGCCUUGGUGCGGGCCUGCCGCUGAGUGUGGUGAAGCAGGAGGACAGGGCGCGGAACGGAACGGGGUUGCGCAACAUCUGGGCAAAUGAUGAGAGCGGCAAGGAGGAUUAG